GUACAUUCAAAGAAAAGCAAAUUGUAAACAAAAAAAUUAAGAAGAAAGGAAAUAUAUAUAAAUAAAAUCAAAUAAAUAUUAUUCAUUCAUUCAUUUUUACAUCAAAUGAAGGAACAUCUCAAUUAUUUGCGAAAGAUAGACAUGUUUGGAAAUAGGAUAGAGCUCUCCUACUACAAAGAAAAAACUCAUAAAACUAAAUUUGGAGGAUGUCUUACUGUACUAUUAGUCCUAUUUUCAUUCUUGGCCAUCUAUUAUUUUGGUUAAGAGAUUGUUAAUAAAGGUUCUCCUAACAUUAAAAUGGAAGAAGAUUACUUGGAAGAUUUUUUUAUCAAUUAGUUUUUUUAAAGUCAGCAAUCAGAUAAAUUCAUGUUAGCAAUUAGAAUUUUAGAUUAUUAAUAGCAGGUUGUUUAUAACAAUUAAAUAGAAGUAAGUGCUUUGAUUUAUAGCAUCGAAAUUGAAAAUUAAAAGGAAGCUAAUUAGAUGAAUGAAUAAAAGUACAUGAAACAUAUUAAAUUGGAUAGGAUUUCCUGUUUAGAAUACUCUAUUUUGUCUUCUGUAACUAACUAUGAGGAAUUUGAUUUUUCAGAACUCCUAUGCUACCGAAUCUAAGAUGGCUAACUUAAUGAUGAUUAGGGUGUUGCUAAAUUUGAUUUGCUAAUUAACUUGAUAUCGAACAGCUCAAUUUAAAGAGGAAUAGUGGAAAUUUACUACACAGAUUUGGCUUUAGAUGUCUCUAUGUAUAACAAUCCUAACAUUAAUUAUUUACAAAAAAGAAUUUUCAGUUUCGAGCAAGGAUCUUAAAAAAGAUUACCCAUUAAUUUGAAAAAAAUGGUUCUCAACACUGAUUAUGGGAAUGUCCUCACAGAUUAUCAUACAGAAACCUACCUAGUUCCUUGUUUUUAAGGAGAAUUUGAAUAAUUCACUCAAUACUUGAAAGAUUUUUAAAAAAAUACAGUUUUUUCAAUUGAAAUUUAAAUGGAUCGCAAACAAAUCAUAAAUUAUAGAACCUACUUGAAACUUUAAGAUUUUCUUUCUUCAGUUGGUGGUAUCAUCAAAAUAUUUAGUUUAGUUUUUAUCUUUCUUAGUAAGAAGCUUACAAAGUUAGAUUUUUAUAUGAAUCUUCUCAAUUAAAUUUUUAAUUUUGAAGAUCCAAAUGAAGAAAAAAUGAAGUAAAAUUCAGAAAACGAUUCAGAUGAAGAUGUGGAUGAAAUUAUUGAAGGUCACCAACCUCAUUAAAUAUACACUAAUAAGUUAAGCAAUGAUUAAAAUAGCAAUGUUAAAGAAGUUGAUAAGAAAUAAAACUUUGAAAAAUAAAUUAAUAAAUCUCCAAAAUAACAAAUAUUAUAAAAUGGGGAUUUUAUAAAUGAUAAACGUUAAAAUAUUCAUCUAGGAUCAGACGAAUAAAUCAAAAGAAAGCUAUCAAUAGAAAAUAAUAAAAAUUUAUUAGCAAUCAAUAAAAGCGAAAGCUAAAUUCCUCUUAUUACUGCUAAGUUUUCUUCUAAUAAUAAAGAAUAAAUAACAAACAAUAACUUAACUACAAAUAUUCUUUAGCAUACAGAAACCUUGAUUCCUCUUUAAUUAUUAUAAAACCCAGCUAAUAACGAUCAAGAAUUUCUGUUUAAUAAUGGAAUUACUGAGGAAAAAUAAUCAGAUGAAAAAUAAAGUUCAGAAUCAAAAGAAAAUGAUCAACCAAAGAAAGGAUCAUUAAAUAUUGAUUUACAAAUCCUUAAAGAUCUUGAAGAAUCUUAGGAAAGUAAAAGUAACUAGUUAGAAAAAUAAGUUAAGAGAAUUUAAUAAUCAUAAAGAUAGAAUUAAAUCAAUAAAGAUGAAGAAAACCCCGAUAAUGAUCAACAAGAAUAAGGUGACAAAGAAGAUAACCAAAAAAGAAAUCCUUCAUAUAAAAGAAGAAAUGCAAUUCCCAAAAACACCCAGCUUAUCAGUAAGUUCAUGCAUAAAGUUAGACUGUUAUUGAAUAAUGAUUAAGCUGAUGCUGAGCAAAUCGAAACUAUAAAGAAUAAACUCAACAAAAAGGGUAAUUAAUAUAUUUAACCUGAAAAUAAACCAUUAAAAUGGGGGUUUUUCGAUUAUAUUUAGAACUUGUUUUGGUUUGGUAAAGCUCGUCAAAAAAGAGAGUAAAUGAAAUACUGCUGGAGAAAAGUCAAGGAAAGAUUAAAUGCGGUUUAUAUUAUGCAAAAAUUAGUAGAGUUGGAAAAACUUAAAAUUCUACUCCUUGAUGAACAUUAACUUAAGCUUUUCGAUUAUCUCCCUAAGCCUAUGAUAUCAUUAGAUGUUUAGUCAGACUAACCUAAUAACUCUCCAUUAAAUAGAACAUAAUCAAAAAAAUCAAAUGAGUAGUCUAAAAAUGUUUCACCUACUAAUCCUGUAUAAACUCCAAACAAUCCAAAUAAUACUCCAGUAUCUCAACUAAAUUUAGAAAAUAAAUAGCAACCAAAUCAAUAAAGGAAAAGCAACUCAAGCGGUGGCAAUAACAACAACAACAACAACAAUAAUAACAACAAAACUGAUUCAAAUAACAAUUAAGGUAAUGAUCUCAGAUAAACAGGUCUAAAUGAAACUCAAAAAAGUUUAUCUCCUCCUAAAAGAAAUAAAAUAAUUACAACAUGCUUAGGAUUAUUUUCUAAUAAUUAAAACAAAAAAGAGAGACAUAGAUCGUAAAGUUUAAAUAACAAAGAUAAGUUAAAGAAAUCUACUACAACUAUUUAAAAUAAAGUUCAAAAAAAUUAAAAUGCUUUUCAUCAACAAUGGAUUUAGCUAAAUUCUCACUCUACUCCAGUUGAAAAAGCUCUACAUGCUAUGGAAGCCUUUGAAUUCAUCAAAAACAAAUAAACGAAAUCUGCUAUUGAUAUUAAAUUAGUAGAUAUGCUUGAUUCAAGAAUGAAGAAGUGCUUUGAUUUCUAAAACGCAUAUGUAGACUAAAAUAAUGAAGAAAACAAUCAUGAUAUUUCAAAUAAUUUUAGUUAAUUUAGAUAGUUUUUCGAUGGUGAUAAUACGAUAAGAGAUUUUCUAUAUCCAGAGUAAUUAGAUGGAGUGAGAAAAAACAGGAGAGCAAGAACUGCAGGUCCUGUUUCUCCUAAAAAUGGUAGUGCUUAGAAUUCAUUAUCAAACCACUUUAACAAUCCUAGCAACAGUAAUAACAACUCUUUCAAUUAAAGUUACAUGCCAUUUAACAAUUUAAACAACUUAGUUAACCUUAACAAUGUAAAUACUCCUAUAAGGCGUAAUUUUAAUGGUUUUUAUCCAAAUAGUAAUCCGUUUAUAUUAACUCCUAAUUUAAAUGAGUCUGGCUUAGAUUUUAGUAGAUAUAUGAAUGAAUUUUAGUAAGGAUAGAAUUACUCUUCUUCACAUAAAAGCAAUUACCAAAAUAAUUUUUUAGCAGUAAAUAAUUAUAAUAAUCAUACUUCAUACUAACCUAGGAAUAAUAAUGGGUUGAUUAAUAGACAAAGGUCUAAUUCCCCUUCAAGCAUUAUGUAGGCACAAAUGAAAAAUAAAUUUGCUCUAAAAAGAUAAUUAUCUUCUAUAUCGAAUAGCAGCAAUAAUUAAAAUAUCCCAAACAUAAGCAAUAAAAGUCCUAAGCACUAAUAGACAACAGUCAGUAAUAACAAACCUUCUUUAUUUUUUAGGAGACUGCAAACAUACGAUAACAAUAUUUAAGAAGAGGCUUAUAAAAAUAAGAAUUAGCCAGAGCAAAAUAAUUAUUAAACUCAGCAAAAAAGCUAUUUUUGCAACUAUCAAUAAUAGUAGUAGCUUUAAGCUUCCUUCAAUUCCUAGUACCAUGUAAGUUCUGGUAAUAGUAAAAAAUAAAAUCAAGGAAAUGGCGGAUCAGAAUUAUCCUCACCAUAGAAGUUUGAGAUGGAUGGCUCAUCCUCUUAUGAUUCUCACAGAUAAAACAUAAAUCUGUAUAAUUAGUCUGCCUCUAACAUUAAACCUUCACAUAUAUCUCACCAGUAUAAUAAUAACCUUCCUUCCAAAAAUAUUAACUUAAGUGUGAUUGAAUCUGACUUAAACACAAUAGAAGAGGAUAUCCCACAAGAAAAUAAUACACCAACAACAAUCUCUAAAAAUUCAAAUAUAAAUGAGUCACAAAUAAGAAAGUAGAUGAACACCUCACUUUUCUAACAUUGUAUAAGUAAUAUGGUAUAAUCAUAGAAUUCGCCUCUGAAAGUGACAGAUGCUCUUAAAAAAUAUAAUCUAAAUUUCUAAACUAUGUAACAUUAAGAAAUUUCUAAUAAAUGA